GCUCGCUCCCAGACCCCGGUCACUCGAACUCAACCUCACGCUCAACUCCUCCUCCUCCUCCUCCCCCUCGAAAUUCGCUUGCCCUCGUCGGCCCCGUCCUCCCGUUUCCUUCUCCGGACGACUGCGGUUACAGUCUGCCUCGAGCCCCAUGGAAUGCCAGGGGAGGAAGUCCCAGGUCGGCCAGACGGACCUCGGCGUCGCAGGCAACGCGAGAUCGCGAGGCCGGGGCCGGACGGGAUCUGAUCAGACCUGAUCACCACCACAGCACUUCCUUCCACUUCCGCUUUCAACAGAACUGUGGAGAGCGGGGGGGCACAAGUCAACAAGCCCCGGACGCAAAGUCAGCUGUCGAGGAGCAGCAGCAGAAGAUUGCAUGAGAGGUGCGAUCCUCUCGAAGCGGAACAAGCGAUCUGACGACACCGACCGGGAAGCACUGGGCCGAGGACGAGGUGCUGAUGGUGAGGCCGAGUCGAGCUGAGUUGUAACAGUGGGAGCAGUAGUGGCCGCAGCAGUGCUGCUGGACUCUCAUCAUCAUGAUGCUCCGCGAUGGAAGGGCCCGAAAAAAGUGACCCCCCUGCGAGCUGUGCGAAAUAGUUCGCGAGCGACCCGCGCACUGCUCCGUCGCCAGCCCCCAUGGAGCCGAGCGACGGCAUUGCACUCUCUAGCACUUACCGGAGUCAUGGGUGAAAGCAUCGGGCCGAGCCCAGCAGAGGCCCAAAGUAGGGGCCCAAAGCAGACCGAUCUGACAUGCGCGUGUGGAUCGGUGGAGGUGGAGAUGGAGCACCAGGCGGACCGGACGAUGGUGGUGGUGGUCUCAGAAUCAGGUUCUGCUAGUGCGAGUCCGGACUACGUAACGCAAUACGCUGGGGAGGGGAACCGAGAGGGAUCGAUUAGCUUAGAUUCAAACGACGGAAAUGCUAAUUGGUGACGGGAAUUCGGUUGUCGCCUUGUGGAGCAGCCACGACAGCUGCUGAACCGGGCAACAACGCGACAGUAGAUGUGUAUGGACACGGGCCUGUGGGGCUUCCUCCUCCGCGGGACCCACCUCGAGUCGCCCGUGGCUCCAUGCUGGGGCUGCUGCUCCUUCUGCUCUGGCUCGAGUCUCCCCCUCGCGCGCUCCCCUCUCCCGAAUCCUCUCCCUGCAAGCAAAGCAAAGCCCCCACGCGCGCACAGCCCUCUCCCCUCCCCUCCCCUCCCCUCCCCGCGCUCGCAACUUCCCCCCGGCCCUCCCCGCCCCGGUCCCCGUCCAACGUCCGAUAGGCCCCCUUCGCAUCUCUGCUCUCGCUCUGUGUCCGUCUGUCUGUUUCUUUCUUUUCCUCUCGCUCGCCGAGGUCUGAGCGAAUCUGCAUCGGAUCCGUCUCCCGAGCUCCAAGGGCUCGACGCCCACGAACGAUUGAUUGAGGCAGGCAGGGAGGAAAGGAAGGAAGGGAAAACUACCGCGCACAGUGGCCCCUCCUUCCUCACCCGUCGUGAACGGCUUGGGCCUUGCCGUUGUGGAGUGAAGCUUAUUUUAUAUAGCACUUUCCCAUUGACUCGGACUCCCCAUUGACUCCUCCCGCGAACUGCUGAGCUUAAUCAUUAACAGACUAAUGCCCGUCCCUCUCUCGCCCUCUCCCCGGCUCCUCCUUAUCUUCCCGAGUCGGUUCUGUCCGUAUAGAGCUCCUCUCGAACUGGUGUUCACUUCGAGGGUCGGAGUUGUGAUCGGAAAAUUUAUGAGACUAGACGACAGCAGUAAACCUGUCGCUCUCGACAAAUCUUCUUGUUCCUCUCUAGACCUCGGGAAAUUGGCGGCAUGGGGAUUCCCACCAACGAACUGAGCCUUGCCCCGGGCCUUCUUUCCUUCUGCUUUUUGAGACAAUUUGGUCAAUAUUGGUGCCAAGGCUUACGGGACAGGACAGCACGGUCCCGUCGCGUGGUCAGCGAGCGGGCGGGAGACGAGUUCGAUGUUGGAUAGACCAAGUCUGGAGCCUUGACACAGAGCUCUCUCACGGCUACUCAAGCCGCCUGUAGAAAAGCUAGUUUGGCUUGUUCGAAGUGGCGAAAGUCAGAUAGCAGAGCAGCGAAAUCUCGGCACGUUCCGUACGUUCGUCCCCACGGUUGUACUCGGACAUGCUUCGAUCACAAAAUUCCUCCGAAAAUGUUCUCUCCUGACCUUUUUUUCAGGAAAUGGGGGAGACCCACGCACAUAGAGACAGAGAUAGAGAGAGAGAGAGAAGGCGAGGAGAUGUACGAAGGACGCAUGUUGGAAAUGACUGGGGUCAAUUCAAGGUCCGUCCUUCGUUGGACUAAGGGAGGGAAGUGAGAUUCACUAUCUUCCCAAGUUCUUCUACUUCCUGCCGAGAAAUUGAGAAGGUAGAACUGAGGCCUUAGGCAUAAUAAGUAGAGUCGGUGGAUUAAUGGCACCGGGGGCCAAUUCUACACCGCUAUUUGCAGUUGCAGCGGCCUUGCUUUUAAAUUCACAGUGUUCGAGUCCGAGGAGAUGGCAGCCAAUGAGCACAGAGCCAGAGAAGUCUGCACAGUGUGCCUUGGUAGAAUCUCCGAGCUCGCCCGGACAGGUUCACAUGCUCCGCUGUUCUGCUGUAGAGUGGGGAACUGGGCGGGUCGAUGGAUGCAUUCAUGUUCGUUAGAGCCGGUCCAGGAGCUGACAAAACAACGGAUCCUCAUCAUUUGUACCCAAAGCUCAUAUUUCAUGCGAGCUGCAAGCGUCUCCCUGAUUGUCGUACCCUCCCGUAGAAGGAGUUUGAACCACCCAUGCAGACAGACAUUUCCAACACUGCACAGAUUGAGCUUUCGUGUUCCGGUUAAAACAGAUCUUGUGGAAGUUUUAGCUCGCCAAGCUAGAAGAUUCUUUCUUUAACGAAAAGUACUGACCACCAGAGUCGAUGGACAUUCACCCAUUGCAACAAAGGCUAGUCGCCAAAGCAACACAGCCUCUUAUUGGCUUCUACCUGCCGAAAUUCCCAUCUAGUCAGCACUUCGGCGUCAUUGGAGCUCAUCAUCUGAUCACCACUGACCCAAACCAAUUACCGUACACUUCUGAUUAGAGGUCCACAUUGCCCUCGUCUGCAUUUUGCUCCACUUGGUUGCUUUUACGUCGUUCCUUUUCUUUUUUUUUUUGCAUUAUUUUGCCGUCUUUUCGCCUCCAGGCUGAGCAUGCAGUGGGCGUCUGCCCAGCUACAGAAUCAUUUUUUCGAGCCAUCCCGUGGAUUUGAUCACACCUUAGAUUCCCAUACGAGGAGGGUUGCAAAACAUGUGAGCCACCAGUCUGUUGAAACCCAAAUGAUUUGACGAGUUCCCUCCGUUGCUGUGCAUAGCAGUCCGGUCUAUC